AAAGGUAUACGUGUUUAUAAAUAGGCGAACUCAUUUACAUUUUCUCGUGAUUUUUUUGUGUUUUCUUCAUUGAACAUGACGUUCUUAACAAUAUUAGCGUUUGUCUUUGUCGGUUCGGUCUUGUUUUACGCCCAUGGAUCGCCAACAGAAACAACUGUUCCGUUCCGCGUUCCGAACUACGAGCCGUACAUGACUGAUGCUGUACAGAAUAUGAACGCUGCAGCAGAAUCGCAAGUGCUGCCUGCACUGGCAAGACUUCAGGGGACCGACGAGGGAGACUCUUUCAUCGACAGAAUGGGGUCCUUCGUAGACCACAUUAACAGCAUGAUCAGCGCAGUAAAACAGCACGUGAUAGAUAAUAGUGAGAUGGAGACCGAAGAUGAUGUAGAGGAUUACGAUGAUAGUGAUAUUGAUUCAGAUUAUGAAAACGAUGAUCAGGGUUCAAGUGAUAUAAAUGAUAGGAUUGGUAUAGGAGGACCCAACAUUGUAGGAGAAUAAAAAAAAAGGCUAAAUGAAUAAAGGGGAUUCUAAGUUAAUAAUGCUUAAUGAAGUAUGACAAUAAUUUACCGUAUUCUAUUCCAGCAUAAGUAGCUUGUCAUAAACGGUAGCUGGCAAUGAUAUCUCAAAUCGAAGCGUUUCGAAAUUUUGUACUAGUAAAAGUAUCACAAUCAAACGUUUUGUGUAUAUAAGGAAUUUACGUCAGAGAUAUGCGUAAAAUACAUGUGAUAUGAAAUAAUAUAUUUAAAAUGCAUAAUUGAAUAUGCUUAUGAUAUGUAUUAUAUUUUAAUAUAUUUGUAUAAUAUUUAAUAGUUACAGGAUUGUUAAUAUAUUUGAAAUAAUAAAGAAUAAAAUUUCA